CAGGAAAUUGAAGACGAGCACACUUCCGUAAACGAAAAGAAAGCCAGUCCUCUAUGGCUGCCGAAGCCCCGUCGCUACUUUUUAUGAUCUACAACCAACUUUUCAGCGGGGAUUUCUCUUCGUGUGGUUUAUUUGGCGAUGGAUCGCAGCAGAUCACCUGACAGAGCGGACAGAGAGAAGAAGAAGAAGAAACGGAGACGGUCCUCCUCUUCUUCACCAUCGUCUUCUUCGUCCAGCAGCAGGAGUCGGAGCAGAUCGUCAAAGAAAGGGACACACAAGAACCAAGAUGUGAAAACUCACAGAAAGAAGCGCAGAAGAAGCUCUUCUUCUUCUUCUUCUUCAUCCUCCUCUUCCUCCUCGCCAUCUUCAUCCUCGUCGAAUGAUGACAGGGCAAAGAGGAAGAAAAGUAAAACCAAGAAAAAGAAGCUGAAGAAGAAAAAGGCAAAGCUGAAGAAACAGAGGAAAAAGGAGAAAAAGAAGAAAGAGAAGCUGAAGAAGAAGGAGAAGAAGAAGACGGAGGUACUGCCGUCCACUGUUCCGGCAGAGAGACGUCCCUCUUACCUGGAGGUGUGGCAGAGUGAUGAGGGGGCGGUGGAGCUCGGACCUGUCAUGACAGACGAGCAGAAGGCCCGGCUCUCCACCAAGAGGCCUCUCACCAAAGAGGAGUACGAGGCCAGGCAGAGUGUGAUCCGCAGGGUGGUGGACCCUGAAACGGGGCGGACCAGAUUGGUGAGAGGAGAGGGAGAGAUCAUAGAGGAGAUCGUCAGCCGAGAAAAACACAAAGACAUUAACAAGCAGGCCACCAAGGGAGACGGGAACGCCUUCCAGAGGAAACUGGGAAUCAACAGGUAGAAGAUGCCGUUCUCUCCUGGCAACAUUGGAGUAGCUUCACUAAACUGAAACUACCUUCCUCAAGAAGAGGUUGCCCAGACUGCUGAUACUCACAGUUCAAGGAGGCACUACUGCUUUUUCAGAAUAUUUCACAAAUUUUAUAUUUGAAUUUUGUAUGAAAGAUUUGCCUGUGAUUGAACUGUGUGGUAGUGAAUGUACAAAGUAACAGAGACAUGUACGAUUCUUGUUUACUAAUGAGUUAAAUCCAGAUAAGUCAUUAUUUCCUGUUGAUUUGCCUUUGUAAUUUUAUGCUGAUGGAGAUAUAAACAGAAGCAGAUGAGUUACGGUGAAUUUAAAUGUGUCGAGUCCACUGAGAUCCAUAAAAGGAGAAGGAACUCAACAUAAUGAUGUCACAAAUCGUUUGCACACACGUUUACACGGGAGUGCAAACGUGUGUGUUUACACUGAUCCAUGCAUAUUUAUUUUGUCCAUGUUUUAAAGCAUUGCAGUGUUUAAAUUUAAGUAACAAUCGAUCCUAAAUGAACUCCCGACUCAGGAUAUUUAUUAAGAGUUGUGACUGCAUUCAAAUGGUAGCUGCAUUUGAAAUUAGCUCAUUCAUAUUGCAUAUUGUCUGAGUGAUGUAGGACACAAUAAGAAGCUGAUUUUAAGAGCUCAGUAUCCUGCGUGACACUGCAAACUUUUUUUUGUCUUCCUUUUUGUAUUUUGGCUACAUGUUCUACACCCACUUGAAGAUGUGUUCUCACCUUUAAAUCUCACAUUUUGGGUCUCUGAAUAAAUCUACAUUUGUGUGAACUGAUCCCAGAAAAAUAAACAGUUUGUGUGAA